AUGUCGGGCUCGAUGAGACACCUCUCAACAGCGGCGGGAAUCGAUCCAGUGACAGAUGAUAUGCCCGAACGCUUCGCUCCGAACGGAGCCUGCCAGAUAAAGUGCUCUGGCUUCCUGCGUUCCAAAUGGACCGGCCUUAUCAGAUCCGCAGAUGCAUGGGGUAAUGAUGUCAAAGCUAAGCGGGGUUAUAACGCCAAUUGUCUCAGAUUAACUUUCAUCCGUUAUUGA